AUGGAAUCAAAUUUAGAACUUUAGAGAAAGAUUUGCUUUUACUGCUUUAGAAAUCUAGAAAACUAUCUUGAAACUUAAUAAAUGACUGAACCAGAGAAAGAAUUUGAUGAAUUGGGAGAAUAUCCGUUGUUUGUGAGCUAUAAAAUAUUUGACAUACUUAGGGGCUGUAUCGGAACUUUUAAACCAGACAAGCUUGGAUCUACCCUGUAAUUGUACUCAUUGAUAGCUGCACUUCAGGAUAGAAGAUUUCCUCCAGUUCAAAAGAAGGAGCUACCACAUUUGACUUGUGAGGUGAGCUUACUGUCUUAAUUUGAAAACAUUGAUCAUCCUUAUGACUGGGAAGUAGGUCAGCAUGGGAUUGAGAUUGAAUUCAAAGAUCAUGCUGGCAAGCUUUACAAGGGAACUUAUCUACCACAUAUAGCCAAGGAAUAGGAAUGGGAUCAAGUAAAGACUAUAGAAUCAUUACUAUAGAAAGCAGGUUAUUAACACAAAUUAGAAGAUGUAAUGGACAAGUUUGUGUUAUUGAGAAGAUAUCAAAGUAUAAAAUUUAGAGUAUCAUACGAGGAUUACAUGUAGGAGUGCAAAAAACAGUGA